UCCAACAGCGCGUCAUUUUUAGCUCUGAAGCGACUUGGACGUCGGUGCCUCGGUUAAAAGCGGACAGUAUCCUGUGUGUUUAAGCGUGUUUCUUAUCGAGGAAGGAUUGUCAGAGGCCGUGAAGACUUGGUGAAUGUGAGCGCUGGAAGUGUAGAGAAUAUGGUUUCCUCAGCACGAUGGAGCAGAGGAAAGCUGUGUCCGGAUUUGUCCCGUGUUGUCUGUUACUGGCGCUGGCUGUGUCUGCAGAGAUUUCUCAGUGGGCACACUUCAAUGUAGUUCAGAGUGCAGUGCUGCUGUCCUGUUCAGAGGGUCUCACUAAACUGGGCUACUAUAAUGGCUCGGUUUCUCACACAGACACAGGCUCCCCAUGCUUAAAGUGGACUAACUUCCCAGACUACAUGCAGCAGUAUCCAAACCGAGGCCUGGGAGACCAUAACUUCUGCCGAAACCCAGACAGAGAAACCAAACCAUGGUGCUUCUUCCGAAAGACCUCUGGAGCCAUUGGAUGGGCUUAUUGUGAUUGUCAUCAAGGUGCACCCAGACUGGUGGGGGGUUCAGGCAACAGUGGCCGUCUGGAGGUGUAUGUGAAUAACAAGUGGGGCGCAGUAUGUGACACGCACUGGACUGACCGUGAUGCCAGUGUCAUAUGCAGACAGCUUGGGCUAAGUGAGAUUGGUGUAGCCCUACAGCAUUCCUACUUUGGCCCCAGUUCCAUCUUCCACUAUGAGCGUCUAGGCUGCCGUGGUAACGAGAAUUCCCUGCUAGAGUGCUGCAACAGGAAGUUUGCCACUGGAGACUGUAACCACGGAAACGAAGCAGGGGUGCUUUGUGCUGAACCUGAAGGUACUGGAAUCCCUUUAAGGCUGGUAGGAGGCCUGGAGGAAUUUGAGGGGCGUGUGGAGGUGUACCAUAACGGCAGGUGGGGAACCAUUUGUGAUGACCAAUGGGAUGAUCUUGAUGCAGAAGUGGUGUGUCGACAGUUGGGCUUGGGGGGUGUUGCCAAAGCAUGGACACGGGCCCACUUUGGCCAGGGUUUUGGUCCAGUUUUGCUGGAUCGGGUUCAGUGCACAGGCAAUGAGCUCUCUCUAGAAGAUUGUCCUCAUAGCAACUGGGAACAGCACAACUGCAAACACAUGGAAGAUGCAGGGGUGUCUUGCAAUCCCUAUACAGAUGGUGCAGUUCGCCUGGUGGGAGCAAACAGCGACCGGGAGGGUCGCGUGGAGAUUUACUACCAGGGACAAUGGGGCACUGUGUGUGAUGACAACUGGACUGAGCUCAAUGCCCAGGUAGUGUGCAGACAGCUCGGUUUCAGGGGGCGAGCAGAAGUGGCUCCUGAGAAGGCAUAUGAAGAAGGCAAUGGGUUGAUCCAGCUGGAUGAGGUGCAGUGUGAUGGGACAGAGACCAGUUUACUGGGCUGCACUCAUUCUCAGUGGAGACAACACGACUGCUCACACAGUGAGGAUGUAGGUGUUCUCUGUCACAGUGAUACCAAUGAGAUACAAAGUAAUUACGCACCUAUAGGCCCCCUGGUGCGUUUGGUUGCUGGAGAGACCAGGAGGGAAGGCAGAGUGGAAGUGUUUAUUAACGGGCAGUGGGGAAGUGUGUGCGAUGAUGGCUGGAAUGAUGUUAAUGCGGCUGUAGUUUGUAGACAGCUGGGAUUCACUGGCGUGGCUAAAGCUCGAUCUAUGGCGUAUUUUGGUGAGGGUCAGGGUCCAAUCCAUCUGGACAAUGUGCGAUGCUUAGGAACUGAAACAUCCUUAGGCCAGUGUCCAGCUGAAGGACAAGAAGGCCAUGAUUGUCGCCACAGCGAGGAUGCAGGUGUCAUCUGUGAUUAUACACUAGAUCCCAUGGGAAACGGUGCCACAGCGAUGCAGAGCUGUGGCCGCAGACUCAGUCGUCAGCGUCGCCAGCGAAGAAUCAUAGGAGGAGAAAAGUCACUGAGGGGUGAGUGGCCGUGGCAGGUGUCCCUGUGGCUCAGGUCUCAGUCUAAAGGCAAUCAUCCUCUGUGUGGCGCCUCACUCAUCAACUCCUGUUGGCUUGUUACUGCUGCCCACUGCUUCAAGAGAUUUGGCAGAGACCCGGCGCGAUACGUCUUACGUCUCGGUGACUACCACACCGUGGAACAAGAUGACUUCGAACGCACGUUGUCCCCAGAACGCAUCAUCAUUCACACAAAGUACCACAGUCAAAGCUGGGAGUAUGAUAUAGCCCUGCUGCGUCUAAAAGGCACAGAGGGAAACUGUGUGGCAUUCAACCCUCACACUGGUGCUGUGUGUCUGCCAGAGCCAGGUGACAAGUUGGAGAAGAGGCUGACUGCCUGUGUAAUUACUGGCUGGGGCAUCACAGACUCAGAGUACUCACACACCUUGCUCCAGGCCUGGGUCCCCCUGCUUCCAGCCUCGACGUGCAAGAAACGAUAUGGUAACCGCUUCACCAGCCGCAUGCUUUGUGCCGGGAGCCUGUCGAAGCACCACCGUGUGGACAGCUGCCAGGGUGACAGUGGGGGUCCGCUGGUUUGUCAGGGGGAGAGGGGUCACUGGGUGCUGACAGGAGUCAUUUCGUGGGGUCAUGGCUGUGGUAACCCCUCUUUCCCCGGGGUUUACACUCGUGUUAGCAGGUUCCUGCGAUGGAUUAACAAGGCUAUCAACAAGCCCUACAAGAACCAGUGAUCAAGAGAAACAAUCAAACAAUCUUGAGUCAUAAAGUGAUCUCAGAGCUUGUUGUCUUAAGAGGAAGUAAACCUGCUGGGUGUUACACCUGGAACAUCAGACUGGUUUGGAUCAUCUGAUUAAGUUUCCAGAUUGUUUCAUCAUGGAUUUGAUUGCCACAGUAUGGUAUUUUCAGUUUCAUCAAACACAUUUAGAAAUUAGACAAAGAUAACACAAGUAAACACAAAUCAGUUUCUCAAUGAAGGGGAAAAAAUCCAAACCUAGAUGGAGCAAGUCCAUUGGAAAGAUCUGCAGGGUCACAUGACACAUGCAUGUGAGGCUUUGAUUAACUGCACACAGAAUAUAUGUUUUAAUAACCUGGUCCACAGAGCAGCAAUGUGUGAGAAUGCUGAUAUAAAACCCUUAUUUCAGCUGAUAUUGUGGUUACUUGGUGGGUGAUCUAAAUAUUUUGUUUCUUUUACUGCUGCACAUUUAAUACACAGCUGAUCUCAAAUAGUCAACGUACUUAAAAUGAAAAAAUACUUGUUACAGGAACAUAUGCACCCAUUUACAGCUUGUCACUCCAUAGUACUUUUCCAUAAUAUGCAUCCAGUAUGUCAGUAUUAUAAUCUUUAUGUCAUGUAUGCACAGCCUUUAAUUAUUUAAGAAAAAAAUCUGUGCUGACUUUGUUAAGUUAUACGAAUUAAAGUUGACAAAUUAAAAAAAAAAAACCUGGUAACCACAAAUCAGUACCAGCUGGAUGACCAUAUCUCCAUUAUUAUGAAAACGACGUGAAAUGUUUGCCCUCCCUCCAACAGAGAGCAGGGACUGUAGGAUCAAAAUCAAGGUGCACUGAAGCUGGAAGCUGUUCUGGUUGCAUGUGAUGACCACUCAUCUUAUUAAAAUAAUUUAUGUUGUUUUUUCUCCUUGAUUUGUCACCCACAACCCUCUCACUGUUAUUUAUUCAGUUAAUUUCAGUUUUAUUUAUACAGCAGCAGUCACUUCCAGGGGCUUAGGCCUAUAUUGUACAGUAAUAUUAGAGAGAAAACCCCAACAAUCUGCUGCUGUGAGGCUCCAUGAGCAGCGCUUGGGUCAGGAAGAUUCCCUUUCAGCAGGAGAAGAAGACUCAGGAAAGCACACCCAUCUGCCACAACCAGUGAAGAGAAAGAGAACAGAAGAAAUAAAAGCCUAAGAAUAGUUUUAAUUUUAACAUGGUUGGUCCUGUGGUGAUCCUCGUUGGGUGCUCUGCUGGGCCUCUGGAUUUCUGGGGCCCGGGUCUCCUCCAUGCCUGCCUCAUGACCUGGGCGGCAGGGAUAUGACUCCCCAUACCCACUAUUAGACACUUUCAUGGAGAAAUCUUAUGAUCAUAAGUGCGCUCACACACACACACAGGUGUGCACACAGGUACUCAGAGACAAACACUCUCUUGGCUGGCUGCUGCCUCUAAACUGGUCCCUUUGGGCUCUGUUCGCUUUCUCUGCAGUAGAAUAUCCUGUUCCUGUUCCAACACACAGUGCUGUGUUUGUAUAGCUUAUCUGCGUAGCAAUUUAAUUAAAAACUUAAAGGUGACUUCUUAUUCAAUACCCCAAUGACUUACCUGGAUGAUUGAGCAUGCAUCAAGACGUUCUUGAUGCAUAGUGUAAUCGUCACUCUGUGUACUCUCUGGCUAAUUUAUAUUCACAGUAUCAACCUACUCUUUCUUUAGGGUUUCGCUAGCUUAGCUGGCAGACUGUCCUGAGCAGCCGGGCAACAGGAUGGCUGGGUGACGGUGAGGAGGAAGCAUAGUCCUGAACACCAACCUGUUCACGUGUGUUACUACUUUUCCCCACUCAGCGACACACCCGCCAGGGAUCAAACUCUGGUAACUGGCGAUUCUGUUCUGAGACGUGAGGUUAGAGACACCAGCAACGAUAGUCAACUGUCUUCCAGAGCAGGCGACAUUGAGGGAAAUUUAAAACUGCUGGCUAAAAGUAAAUAUAAAUUCAGUAAAAUUAUAGUUCACAUCAGCAGUAAUGACACCCGGUUACGUCAGUCAGAGGUCACUAAAAUCAAUAUUGAAUCGGUGUGUAACUUUGCCAAAACAUGUUGGACUGUAGUUUUCUCUGGUCCCCUCCCCAAUCAGACCAGGAAUGACAUGUUUAGCCACAUGUUCUCCUUAAAUUGCUAUCCAUGAAGCCAGAUAACACACGACAACAAGACCUGGAUGGCCUCUAAUUCUCUGCUUCUAAAUUCAGAUCAAACUGAGGUUAUUGUACUGAGCCCUGAAAAUCUUCUAGUUCAUGCAUGUAUUACCUCUGGGCUGGACUACUACUUCUUCCUGUUAAAAGGGAGUUUUUCCUUCCCACUGUCGCCAAAGUGCUUGGUCAUAGUGGGUCAUAUGAUUGUUGGGUUUUUCUCUGUAUCUAUUAUUGUAGGCUACCUCCUGUAGCUCCGGAGGUAGAGCAGGUCAGCUGCUGAUCAGAAGGUUGGUGGUUCAAUCCCUGGCUCCCCCAGUUUGCGUGCCAAAUAUCCUUGGGCAAGAUACGAACCCCGACUUGCUCUCCGAUGCAUCCAUCAGAGUAUGAAUGAUAGUUAGAAAGCGCUCACAGUAUAGAUAAUGGGGCUUGUGUGUAUGGGUGUGUAUGGGGUGAAUGUGGCGUGUUGUAUAGAGCGCUUUGAGUACUCCAGGAGAGUAGAAAAGCGCCAUAAGAACCAGUCUAUUUACCAUAGCGGGUUAACAAUAUGAUUGUUGGGUUUUUCUCUGUAUGUAUGUCCAACCUAAAGUCAGCACCUGUAACCUAUCAGUAUUGCUUGGUCUGAUACAUUGCAUUCAACAACACAACUGGACACUUCAGCAGCUGUGUCAGAAAGUAGUAUAAGUUGCUUGCAGUUAACUAGCAAAAUAAUUUCAAUGAGGAGCAUUAGAAGCUUGUUCUAAAACAAAAACUGAGGAAGCCAAGAGUCGAUAGGAAGCAAAGGAGGAUUUGCCUCCUGUUGCUGCUAAAAAACAAAAGACAGGGCACAAGUUGGUGACUUACUAUGGGCCUAUAAUUGUAGCAAAACUAUUUGUGCAUGUGUGUGUAUUUCUAUUUGUGUGCAGAUUUUUGUGUGGAUAUUGAAAUCCAUUUGUGGGUUCAUAUAUGUGUGUGCAUAUAAUGAGAUUUGUAAAUGUAUAAAUAAAAUUAUUACCAGCUUGA